CCCCCCCACCGCCGCCACCUUUGCUUCAUGUUAAUCAUUGUUCUGUACACCUCAAACAUGUUCAUUUGAAAUAACAAAACGUUUUUUAUUCUCCAUAAACAUUAUUUUGAAGGACAUUUUGGUGAAAAUGUUACUGUAUAAUAUUUUUUUGGGGUGGGAUGACAAAGUAAAACGGCUCGAUUCUUAUUGUCUGACUCUUGUUUUAAGUCACGUGUCUCAAACAAGUUGGGACGGGGCAACGAAACCCCGAAAAAAAAGAAGAAAAAAAAGCCGUUGUGCAACAAACAGUCUGACUUUUCCACUUCAGUGGGAAACGAAACUCAGGGGAAAGUAGCGUGAAUGGAGAAGUGAACCCUGUUUUCAGCUGCACUUUAAAAGGGGCCUUCAGAGGAGAGAAGCCCAUUUCUGGAAGACUUCACUUUGCAACCAGAGGGGAGAAGACUCCGAACGCUGCUGGUUGAAAAUGUCUGUACAUCGACACACAUUCACUGGGUGGCUUCUGCUGCUCCUCCACGUCUCUGCAAGUGCAGUGAGAUUGAACCUGUUAGGGAGACAAAGAAACCCUGCGCUGCAGGAAGGGGACGUGAGGCUGUUCGGCGGCGGCGGCUUUGCCGAAGGCCGCGUGGAAAUCUACCACGAUGGGAGAUGGGGAACGGUGUGUGACGACGGCUGGGACCUGGCUGAGGCCCACGUGGUUUGUCGUCAGCUCGGCUUCCCGCGAGCCGACUCUGUUGUCAUCGGGAAGAACUACGGAAAAGCGUCUGGACCCAUUUGGCUGGAUGACCUGAAAUGUGACGGCACAGAGACGUAUCUUUCCACGUGUAUGUUCAUAGGCUGGGGAGCCACUGACUGCAGCCACAAAGAGGACGUCGGCGUUAUUUGUGAAACGGGCCGCACAAAUCUGACCAACGGCGACGCUCUAUACUCGCUGGACCACAGCAUCUGCCUGUCUGAUGAGCGCGGCCAGAUCUUUGACAGCGGGUACGGCUGUGACUUCUCCAUCUCGGUCCGGAGUGCGACUGGAAACGCGCAGGAAGACGGGACCCCGGAGGUGGUUGGCGAGACGAUUUGUGCGCACAAGUCGAUCCUCUCGCAGUUCCCUCUCUUCAACGCUUCCAAGGGGAUCUCCAACAUCACGGUCGACGUCGCCCAGUCUUGCCAGCCACAUUUCUCCUCCUUCAUCAGGUACAUUUAUACCCGCAAGAUGGAUGUGAACUUCUCCUCUGUGCAGUGCCUCCACUGGAUGGCUUAUACGUUCGGGGUGAAGCAGCUGAUGGAGGACACGGGCCGGCUGUUCUCUGAAAUCCUCCCAGAGGACGCCUCGUUCCACACGCCGGUGUCCCUCUACGAAUACGCAGUGGAGACUCAGGACUGGGUCCUCCAAGAGAACUGCAUUCAGUAUAUGGCCUGGAACUACCAAAAUCUGUCCAGUUCCCCCGCUUGGACCCAACUCUCCGUUGAGCUCCUCCGAUCCCUUCUACUGCGCUCGGACCUGGUGGUGCCAGAUGAAUAUUUUCUGCUCCAGACUGUGGAGAGCUGGAUCACGGAGAAGGGCAACUCGACCAGUUUGGAAACCCAGGCCGAACUGUUGAGUCUCAUUCGUUUCCCCAUGAUCCCCGCCGAGGCCCUGAAUGACCUGGAGUCCAACUCUUCUCUCUACAGCAGCCAUGUGAAUAUGUAUCGUGACAACCUCCUGAAAGCUUUCCAGUUUAAUGUUCUGCUUUUCGGCAAUCUGAUAUCCAACCCAAAGUUCAACAGAGAAGACGGUGAUUACCGACCGAGGAUCUACACCGCUAAGCCAUGGAGCAAGGCUCUGUCUCGUCAAACCCAAUAUUUGUAUCGCAACCACUACGAUUCUAUGACCACCUCGCUCAACACACCCGUCCACAACAGUCUGAUCUUUAAGGACAACCAGAUUCUCUGGGAGGCGAAUGUCUUCGAGAACAAACAGCAAUGUUCAAACCGAGGCGUGAGAUGCGAGUCGUUCCCUUCAGCGAGGCUGGUGCCUCAGAACGGUCUCUCCAGAUGGAGGAACGUCCUCUAUCGUAAUCGUCUUCUGCUGAUGUGCCAAGACAAGUACGUCUUCCAGGUUCAGGACUUCAAGGACAACAUGGCCACGAAUGGGACCCAGGUUCUGGCCUAUCCCUGUCCUGAUGACCAGUACACCUACCGCUUUGUAGUGAGACCGUACUACGUCUGAUCCCAAUGCAGCGAUGGAGGGAGGCUCAGUGUAUUCUGAUCAUUGUGCCUGCGUGUUAAUUAAUAGAUUGCAAUGAUGCUACAAUAUUAUCUGUGAUUUUUUCUUUUUUUAAUUCUUCUUUUUUUGUUUUUAUAAAUCUUCAUUGAUCAGCUAAUGUUUCACCUGGCUGUGAUUUAUUUCAUAUCAAGUAUAAUUUCCUGCUUUUUUUUUGUUGUAACGGCAAAAUAAAGUGAUAUCUAGAUCA